AUAUACCCAUUAUGCUUACAGCGUCAUGAGUCAUGAGUUCCUUUUUCCCGUGGAUUGUUUGCUUGUUUUUAUUAAUCUGUGAUAAAAUCAUAAACACCAAUAUUUUUUCUCUUCUUGCAUUUUUCGUUAUUUUUGAAGGAGAAAAUUCAGUAACACUCCUAGUAAUUCAGUAGUGGCAAUUCUGUAACAGUCCUUACAGUCGUUGAUUACUUAAUGUUGAAGUUUUCGUAUGAAGUCAUUGAAGUUGGUAACUUGCAGGUCCCCAUGUCCCACAUUUACGCUGCGAAUUUCUAAUCCAUCAACAAGAUGAGCACGAUCUCAUCAGAUUAUAUCACGGCAGACCCGAAAGGUCUCUAUGUGUACAGCCGCGAUCUUCACUACAACCUGAAAAUCAAGAUUGGCACACUGGAUGGAUCUCUCCCCACUCCAUCCAUUGAUGAAAUUCUGGAGAAGCCAUUGCGGCGGUUCUCCGAGACUGACGGCAACAUGCUGCUGGAGAUCUUCAUAUCGUGUCAGCUGUUUUCAGGUGGAAAGCCCAUUUCGAUGGAAGCGCGCACGCGCUACAAGGCUUUCCAUCAGCGCUUCAGCUGGAACGAAUGGUUGUAUCUGUCCAUGCAUAUUUCGGAUCUUCCCCGAGACACUUUGCUGGUGUGCACCUUAUACAGUGUAAACGGCCCUUAUGACUUACUUCCGCUGGGCGGGACAUCCAUCAGCGUCUUCGGCAAUAAUGGAAAAAUGCGUUGUGGACCCCAUGAUUUAUAUGUUUGGCCAAUGGUCCGUGGCGAUGGGGUAGUUCCAUCGGCGACACCGGGAAAAGUUGUUGACGACAAUUUUCAGAUGAAUCGCUUAGCUAAGCUUGUCAAGCGACAUCGCUCAGGAAGGAUCCGAAGUGUAGACUGGUUGGAUCGUCUGACUUUUCGUGAAGUGGAAAUGAUCAACGAAAGAGAGAAGCGUGAAAUGAGUGCCAUGUUUUUGAUGGUUGAUUUUCCCCCAAUUUCGGUGGACGACAGAGAAGUUACUGUUGUGUUCUAUGAAGACGAAGCGGAUAAACGAGUGGAAUGUGUUGUUGCGCCAUCAAUCGUCAAAGUUUUGGACGGAGAGUUAGAUAAGCCAAAUGUGGUGGAACGAAAGCACCAUAUACUAACGCGCAAUGUUCGAAGCGGUGCGGCUGAUCGUGAGCUGAAACCCAACAGUAAUGCUCGCAACCAGUUAAAUGCUAUUCUGGCUUAUCCUCCGGAUCAAACACUGACUUCGGAAGAACAGGAUCUUCUGUGGAGAUAUCGGUUUCAUCUCAGUCAGGACAAGCAUGCUCUAACCAAAUUUAUUACUUGUGUUAACUGGGGUAUACCCACGGAGAAACAGCAAGCGGAGAAAUUGGUCCUGCAGUGGCAGCCCAUUGAUCCCGGCGCGGCACUGGAGUUGUUAACCUCCAGGUUCACUAAUCCCUUUAUUCGGCAGUAUGCCGUGGAUCGGCUGGCCACCACGACUGACGAUGAAUUGCUGUUAUAUUUGUUGCAAUUAAUACAAGCCUUACGAUAUGAAGAUGCUACUGAGAUACGAGCGGCCUUAAUACGGGUUUCCAAUGCGCCGUCUUCCCAUGCGCGCAAAGAAUCAGUUAGCAGAUCUUCUCUAUCUGAAAAGGUGUCGGAUCUUGUCCAACCAACCAGUGUUACCACUAAACGUGACCUUGCCACUUUCCUCAUUGAAAGAUCCUGUCAAAAUCCAAAACUUGCCAAUUAUUUCUAUUGGUUUUUGAAAGCGGAGUGUGAGAAAAACAAGCAAACGGCGGAGAACAACAAAUUAGCUCAAGAUGGGUUACCUAUGGAUACUUUCCUCAUUGUGAUGAAGCGCUUCAGUAAUGCCUUGUCCCAGGGUGAUGAUCUGCACAAAUCCACCCGAAUGAUGCUUUCACGGCAGCUGGUGUUUGUGGACCGUAUUAUGAAACUACUGAAAGAAAUUGCGCGUGAAAGCGGUACACGUAAACGAAAGAUUGAACGAUUGCAAGGUCUACUGGGCAAUCCCGAUUCAGAACUGGCCAAAUGCUUCUCCUACGCUGAUCCUCUGCCCCAUCCGCUGGAUGCGGAUGUGCGCAUCGUGGGUUUGCGGGCGGAUAAUGCAUGGCUUUUCAAGAGCGCACAGAUGCCGGCCAAAUUGACAUUUGUUCGAGAGGAUGGAACAGAUUAUGUGACGAUAUUCAAGCUGGGAGAUGAUUUAAGACAGGAUCAGCUUGUCUUGCAAAUAAUCUCCCUUAUGGAUAAACUUUUAAGGCAAGAGAAUCUGGAUCUUAAACUGACACCAUACAGAGUGAUUGCCACGGGUACAGAUAAUGGUUUUGUGCAGUUCAUUGAUUCUACCCCGUUGGCGGAAAUAUUAGCAACCGAAGGCACAAUUCAGAACUUUUUCCGAAAAGUUGCUCCCAGUAAAACUGGAGCGAAUGGCAUUGCGGGUGAAGUUAUGGAAAAUUACGUCAAGAGUUGUGCUGGGUACUGUGUUGUGACGUAUCUGUUGGGUGUGGGCGAUCGGCAUCUGGAGAACUUGCUGCUGACCAAACAAGGAUAUCUGUUUCAUAUUGACUUCGGCUACAUUCUCGGACGUGAUCCCAAGCCGAUGCCCCCGGCUAUGAAGCUCAAUAAGGAAAUGGUGGAAGCGAUGGGCGAGGAUAACUUCAGGAUAUUUUGUGUACAGUGCUAUUCGGCGUUCCUUAGCCUGAGAAGAUCGGCCAAUCUUAUAUUGAACCUGUUUUCAUUGAUGGUGGAUUCGAGUAUUGCGGAUAUCGCACUGGAGCCGGAUAAAACCGUGAAGAAGAUUCAGGAUAAAUUUCGCUUGGAUCUCAAUGAUGAAGAAGCUGUGUUGUAUUUACAAAACCUUAUUGAUGUCAGUCUGACGGCCAUUAUGCCGGCUGUUGUUGAUACAUUCCGAAAAUUCGUACAGUGGGUUCGUCCUUAGACUUCGCCAAGUCAGCCCUGUGGCAUUAGAAUAGUUUGUUUUCGUUUUACUGUAGAUGUUUUUAUUUACAGACAAAAGGUGUGCUUGUUUUUUACAUUUCUCCCAGUCUUCUGUGAUUCUAGUGCUGCUUAGAAUGAUCCCGUCUUUCCUUCGUAUUAUAUAACUGUUUUAUAUUAAUAGCUUUCGAUUGCGUGCACAAGUUAUUAAAAUUAGUAACCAGC